AUGACUUUGCGUUUCAGUCGACUCUUCAACACAACUCAACUCAACUUCUCUUCACUUCGAGAAUUGAUUCGUGUCGAGUCCUCUGAAGGCACGAAAGCGGUCGAAGUGGACGCCGACGAGUCGACCGAAGCCUUCAUCAAAAAGGUGUGCACUCGUGAUGGCAGUGAUGGCCACUCAGUGCUGACAAUGACUCACGUCUUUCUCUCUCACCAUUAG